UCAAGAUGACCAACGAAGAACCUCUUCCAAAAAAGGUUCGACUGAGUGAAACAGACUUCAAAGUUAUGGCAAGAGACGAGUUAAUUCUAAGAUGGAAACAAUAUGAAGCUUACGUUCAAGCUUUGGAGGGCAAGUACACAGAUCUUAACUCAAAUGACGUAACUGGUUUAAGGGAGUCUGAAGAGAAACUAAAGCAACAGCAGCAGGAGUCUGCACGCAGGGAAAACAUCCUUGUAAUGCGACUAGCAACGAAGGAACAAGAGAUGCAAGAGUGUACU